UUGCAUAUAUUAUGUUCAUGACGCAGCAGCAAAAAAAUGUGCAUGUAAAAACUGCACUCAACUUUAUAAGAGGAGACGGCGCUUUUAUUCUAUUUUCCGUUGUAUUUCCCACACAGUGGUACCCGCAGUUUCGGCGCAGCAGCGUUACCGACAGAUUGGGGAAUUUAUUCUGAUUAAAUAUUAAUAAGGUGUUUGUGGAGCCCCGUUUUUUUUUCCUGGGAACGCGUCCCCCUUCCCAGCGCCGAGCCCUACAAGUGAGUUGUGAGGAGAAUUUAAAAGAGAGGUGGGAUGAGACCGCCAGCCCCAAAACCUCUCACAAAGGCUAAGAGCGCCGAAGCUCGAUGGAAAAGCGCAACAUUGAUCUGUUUUGCUAGAUUGCCUCUGUCUUUCCUGUAACAAUCCAUUGACUGGUUCAGUCUGAAUAAGAGGUCCUCUGGGAGAAGUUCUGCCACAAAGCAAUAUUAAGCUGUUAUAGUAAAGAAGGGGGACAGAGCUACAAAUAACAUGAUGAAAAUGAACUGUGCUACAUGUGACCUGCAAUGUUUUAUUAACUAAGAAAUGUUGCUUCAAUAGCCAGAUACUAUAAAAAGAAACUAGAAUGGAAAUCAACCACAUACGAAGGUGUUUUCUUCUUCUCAGGAUGCAGGAAGCAUAAGGGCUGUGUAGUCCAGACUUGAGGAUAUGGAUGCCGGAACCUUACAGCAGCAUGAUGGAUCACUUACUGUCAAUGAACAGGUGAUUGUUAUGUCUGGUCAUGAGACCAUCAGGGUGCUUGAAGUUGGUGUUGAUGCUCCAGUGCAGUCUGAGGAAAGUGGGAAAGCUGCAUCUGAACCUGCUGACACAAGUGAUAUGACAAGGGACAAUGUGCUAUGUCAUGCAGAAAACACAGGUACUGAACCAACAGUAAAAUCAACAGCUGGAUUAGUAACUACUUCUAUCCCAACUCUUUUCACCCACGCCUCAAGCCAGCCACAGCCCACUAUUGCAUCGUUUGCGGUGCAACCUGCACCCCAGGUUUUGACUCAGGAAAACUUAGCUACACUUGUGACAGGAGUUAUGGCUCCAGCAGGGCCAGUUGCUCAGCCUGUUCUUAUCCCAAUAAGUAUUGGUGGUCAAGUGGCCGGUCAGCAGGGUCUGGCUCUCUGGAACUUUCCCACUGCAACAGUUGCUACAUUGCCAGGUUUAACAACCGCUCCUCCUGCUGGUGGUGUUUUUAAACUGCCUUUAGCCAAUCUGCAAGCAGCUUCACUUUUGAAUACUGCUUUGCAAGCUCCAAUGCAGGCUGCCCAGGCCAUUCAGACUGUUUAUCAAACACAACCAGCACUCCAGGCCCAGCCUUCCCUACAGACAGCUGUUCAGCCAAUGACCACUCUGCAAGCUGCUUCACCUUUACAGGGGCAGACAGCUGUGCUGCCAGGCACACUACAGAAAGCAGCCGAGCCACAGUCGCAAAUCACAGUACAGCCAGCAAGCUUCACCUUCAAUCCAGCCAUUAUCAGUGCAGCUUCUCUUGGUGGUCAGGCACAACUGCUAGGCUCGCUGGCCGCCACUCCAAUAAUAGCCAAUGCCAUUCCUGGAGUACAAGGGAUUACAAGCCAGAUAAUAACCAAUACCCAGGGCCAGGUUAUUGGUACCCUACCGUGGUUGCUGAACUCACCGGGGAUCACUGCAGGUGCUGCAACAGCUGCUGUCUCUGCUCAGAAUCUGGUACAGACCGUGACUCCUCAGUUGCUGCUAAAUGCCCAAGGGCAAGUCAUUGCUACUCUGGCUAGCAGUCCCAUACAGCAAGGUGCUGUCAGAAAACAAACUCCUCAAGAUUCACCAGCUCACCCCAAGUCAGAACAACAGGUAAUCCAACCUACACCAGCUAUUACGCAACCUUCUGUGGUUGUGGCAAAUCCAGCUCCGCCCACCACAUCAACUUCUACGCAAGUCCAUAUCAGUUGUUCUGAGCCCCCAACUGUGGGUCAGCUAGUUUCCAAAGCACAUAGUGGGAACUAUGAUGACGAUGGAAUAAACCUGGAGGAAAUACGUGAAUUUGCUAAAGAGUUCAAAAUUCGACGCCUGUCUCUGGGUCUGACGCAGACACAGGUGGGCCAAGCCCUGACUGCCACUGAAGGACCAGCAUACAGCCAGUCUGCCAUAUGUAGGUUUGAGAAGUUGGACAUUACACCCAAAAGUGCUCAGAAGCUGAAGCCUGUAUUGGAAAAAUGGUUAAAUGAGGCAGAAAUGAGGAAUCAAGAGGGACAGCAGAAUCUAAUGGAAUUUGUAGGUGGAGAACCUUCAAAGAAGCGAAAAAGACGUACCUCUUUCACGCCACAGGCAGUAGAGGUUCUGAAUGCCUACUUUGAGAAGAAUUCAUUGCCUGCUGGGCAGGAAAUCACAGAUAUUGCUAAAGAGCUUAACUAUGACCGAGAAGUUGUUAGGGUGUGGUUCUGUAACCGGCGCCAAACUCUGAAGAAUACCAGCAAGCUCAAUGUCUUUCAGAUCCCUUAGAAGGGAAUAGGCAGUCUUGCUGUCACCACCUUAUCUUCUUACAUUUAAUGGUGGUGAUGCUAUGUGACAUUCUUUUGUGAAAGCACUUUGUGACUUGAUUUUGGCUUUCUGUGUUAUAACGAGUUGCCCAUUGGAGCCAACCCCUUUUCCUGUGUAUUAUUUUGCAACAGGACAGAUGCCAAGCAUGACAAGAGGUCGAUAGCCAUCACAGCGGGAUGUCUCCGGUCAAAUUGUGUUCCCUCUGUGGUGGGCAAAUAUCAGCUUCUGCAAA